UGUUCAACAAAUGGCUGACGUUCUUUGAGAACCCUCUUCCGUUUUUUGUUUCCCCUCUGGCCCCGCCGCCGUCAGUGUAGUGUAUCGUUCAACGCAAGAGAAAAUUUGAAAUUGUGUCGCAAUUUGCUGGCUUAAUUACUUUAUAUCCCUUCAAACAAGGGCAUCAGUAAUAUAGUCAUCUCAAAUCAUCAAACAUGUCCGUCGACAAGGAGGAAUUGGUGCAACGCGCCAAGCUCGCGGAGCAGGCCGAGCGAUAUGACGACAUGGCGGCCGCGAUGAAGGAAGUCACCGAGACGGGCGUCGAGCUCAGCAACGAGGAGAGGAACCUCCUCUCCGUCGCGUACAAGAACGUCGUGGGCGCGCGACGGUCGUCGUGGCGAGUCAUAUCCUCAAUCGAACAGAAAACCGAAGGCUCGGAAAGAAAACAACAAAUGGCAAAAGAAUAUAGGGUUAAAGUAGAAAAAGAACUCAGAGAAAUCUGCUACGACGUAUUGGGUUUACUCGACAAACACCUUAUCCCUAAAGCUAGUAAUCCAGAAAGUAAAGUAUUUUACCUUAAAAUGAAGGGAGAUUACUACAGGUACCUUGCAGAAGUGGCCACAGGGGACACCAGAAAUACUGUCGUAGAGGAUUCACAGAAGGCAUACCAGGAUGCCUUCGAAAUAAGCAAGGCGAAAAUGCAGCCCACACAUCCAAUCAGGCUGGGGUUGGCGCUAAAUUUCUCCGUCUUCUAUUAUGAGAUAUUAAAUUCACCAGAUAAGGCGUGUCAGCUCGCCAAGCAGGCCUUCGACGACGCGAUCGCGGAGCUGGACACGCUCAACGAGGACUCGUACAAGGACUCGACGCUCAUCAUGCAGCUGCUGCGCGACAACCUGACGCUGUGGACGUCGGACACGCAGGGCGACGGCGACGAGCCGGCCGAGGGCGGCGACAACUAAGGGCGCCGCGCCCCGCAUUGUUCUCAUCGGUGUUUUGUAAGAAGCGAGUAACAUUCGAGAACGUCGCGCGGCGCGGCCCCCCGCGACCGUCGCGAGCCGUCGCUUGUAAAAAAAAAAUGUUAAAAAUGUCGUUCGCGACGGACCUUCACGUUCCGUCUAAAAUUAAAUGUUAUGUGUCAUCUUUGACGGUUUUUGUAUUUCUGUAUUUACACUGGAUUACAGAUAUCGAGCUGACCUGAUGAAUAUAAAUAUUUAUAACUUAAGUUAUUAAAAUUACGGUUUCUUAAGUUAAAAGUGUUUUCCUUUAUCAACUAGUGUACUAUACGCGAGUCCGGUUACAUUCCUUUCGCCGCUCGUCCGCAGUGAAAUGGAUCUGAUGGUGAUUCUGAAACUUUCGCGAUUUGUUAAUAAAAAUUGUUAAAAACUACGCCCGAAUAACCUGAUGAAUUAGAUUUUUCAUAACUAUUAAACCUGCAAAAAAAUGUAAUGGCUGUAUUUCAAUUAGGGCACAAAAAACUUGUUAGUGUCUUUUAUGUGGUUUUUGCUAAUGUCCCCUACGUAAAUACAUUAUUACCAAAGUGAAUGUUACUGUCGACAUUAACCAUUUUGUUGUGCCCGUCACCGAUUAACUACUAGCAUUCUGAAAUCUUCAGGCAUUUAUUAGAAAAAUAGUUUUGUGAUGGACGAAUAUUGUAACAUUUCUGCUGCAUUUUAUCAGGCAUUAAUCGAUUAUAUUUUUCAUGUUUUCACCAAUAAACUUUUGUAUUAAAUACAAUUUUUAGUUUUAGAACCAAUAUUUAAAUAAACCGCCACCUAAUAACCCCAAAAA